AAAUAUUUGAUUAUACUACCAUCGGAUUCAACGUUGGUUUUGGCGGUUAUCGUAACCAACCAAGUCGAUGAGUCACGAUGUUCAAGAUCGAAAUUUUUUUUGACAAGCUGAGUUGAACCUAUUAACCUGUUAAUGAUAAAGAGCGCAUAUCCUGCGAAUUAAGAAAUGUAAAAGUCAACACUUCUUUUCCAAUAAGAAAACGUUAAGAAACUUCAACACAACUAAACAACAAACUAGCAACAAUGGCGAACAAAAACUCCUUAUUCGACCUCAAAACGAUGACGUAUUCCUCACCCAGACCACCCAUCCACCUUCCCACCGACCCCAACCUCUCCCUAACCACAUUCCUCUUCCAAUCCACUUCUUCCGCCGCCGAUUCUAUCGCCCUCGCCGACGCCCACUCCAACGACUCCCUAACCUUCCACCAACUCAAAACCCAAGUCAUCGCCCUCUCCCACUCCCUCCUCCGCCUCGGAAUCAAACGAGGCGACAUUGUUUUGCUAUUCGCACCUAACUCCAUACGCUUCCCGGUUUGCUUCCUCGCUGUUGUUGCAAUAGGUGCUAUUGCCACCACCUGUAGCCCCUUAUACACCCCCUCCGAACUCUCCAAGCAAAUCAAUGACUCCAAACCGAAACUCGUUAUCACCGUAUCAGAACUAUAUCAAAAAAUCAAAGCGUUGAAAUUAGAUUUACCUUCCAUAUUGCUUGAAGAUCCUUCUAGCAGCGUAAUUUCGUCGAACAAGUUCGGUUCUAAGGUUUUAUACUACGAUAAUUUGAUUGAAGAAUCGAUCGAGAGCUCCGGCGAGAUUCCAGCGACCGGAGCUGUUUUGCAAUCUGACGUGGCGGCGCUACUGUACUCUUCAGGAACCACGGGGAGAAGUAAGGGAGUGAUGUUGACUCACCGGAACUUCAUAGCGGUGGCGGUUGCGGGCUCGGCGGAUCAGGAUCGGUACGGUGAUGGGAAGAACGUGUUCCUGUGUUUGGUGCCGAUGCAUCAUGUGAUGGGAUUGGCAGUGAUAACGUAUACGCAGCUGCGAAGAGGGAACACGGUGGUGUCGAUGGGAAGAUUUGAAUUGGAGAAGGCAUUGGCGGCGGUGGAGAAGUUUAGAGUGACGCAUUUGUACGUUGCUCCGCCGGUGAUGGUGGAGCUGAACAAACGACGUCAGGUUUUGAGCGGUUAUGACUUGUCGUCGCUGAAGCAACUUGCCGGCGGUGCUGCUCCUUUGGGAAAAGAUGUGAUGCAGGAGUGUGCUAAGAUUCUUCCCCAAGUUGAAAUCAUUCAGGGGUAUGGCAUGACUGAAGCAAGUGGACUUAUUUCCGUAGAAAAUCCAAAGGAAAGUUGCUUCAUUGCAGUUUCAGGUUCAACUGGAACACUAAUUCCAUGUAUAGAAUCCCAAAUAGUUAGUUUGGAAACAUCUAAGCCCCUUCCACCGAAUCAAUUAGGUGAAAUUUGGUUACGAGGACCUACUAUAAUGAAAGGAUACUUUAACAAUCCAGAAGCAACAAAACUGACAAUUGACGAUAAGGGUUGGAUGCUUACUGGAGAUCUUGGAUAUUUUGAUGAAAAGGGACAGCUAUUUGUUGUGGAUCGAAUAAAAGAGCUCAUCAAAUGUAGCGGCUAUCAAGUGGCACCAGCUGAACUUGAAGAUUUACUGGUUUCUCACCCUGAAAUUUCUGAUGCUGGCGUGAUCCCAUCUCCUGAUGCGAAAGCCGGUGAGGUUCCGGUUGCUUUUGUUGUUCGCUCACCCGAUAGCUCGAUAACUGAAGAAGAAAUUCAGAAAUUUGUAGCAAAACAGGUUGCACCAUACAAAAGGUUGCGGCGAGUGAGUUUUAUAGACAAGAUUCCAAAGUCACCCACAGGAAAGAUCUUGAGAAAGGAUCUCAUAAUUUUUGAUCGACAAAAGACAUCAAAGUUAUAGUAUAUUAAUACUAAUUAAUGCCUUGGAUUGGAAGGCUCUGAUCUACGACACAAGCAGAUGAAUGAAACAGAUGUUAAGGUUCUGGUCUCUGCAGUGAGGAUCUUGUAUGUCCAUAGUCAUUGGAUAUAAAAUGUAUAAUUAAGAUAUGUUGUCACAAAUUGUGCUCUGUUUUCUGGCUAUAAAAUAAAAAUUCUCGUGUAACCUCAAAGUAAUAAACCUCUGCCAAAAAAAAUGAAGCGAUUCAAAUCAAAUAUGUUACAUUACAUUGAA